GUUUUUAUAUCAAAGCUCCAAGCUCCAAAAGCUAUAGUUGGAGUAUUAUGUGCACUUGGAGCUGGACUUGGAGGUUGGAGACUAAGUGGAGAGUGGAUUCAGUGGAUACCGUAUGAAAAGGAAAGAGAACGAGAGAGAAAACGGCGGAAGGUGUACGUACAUAUAUAUAUAUAGAGCCGCAAUAGCAAUAAGCGCAGAGCGCAGGCCGCAUCGCAUCAGCCAACGAGCGAGCGAGCUACUUCUCAGUUCGCGUUUGUUGCCCGUGAAGGAUGCCUUCUGUCAACGCCAAUAAGUUAGAGAAGCAGGCCUCUACGGAGGCCGUGGACCCGAUUCGACAAGCCAUCAUCGUCGUCGAGCACAAGAUCCGAAACCUCGAGAAGCGCAAGGGCAAGCUCGAGCAGUACCGGGAUAUCGUGAAGAAUGGCGGUGAGCUCAACAGCGACCAAAAGACCGCGGUGGCCAAGUACGACGAGGUCCAACAGACCCUCGAUAUCACGAAGGACCUCUACAAGGCGAUCAACACCAUUGCCACCGAUGCCAUCAAACAGCAGAAAAAGCUAGCCCGGAAGGAGGCCGCCGAGCGCAUGCAGCAGGACAUCGCUAAGGUUCGAGAGGUCUUGUUGAUUCAGGACACGUUGAUGAACAUGUGUGCCCAGGGAGUGCGAGAAGACUUUCUAAACGGAACGAACGGCGCGAUCAAACUGCUCGAGGAGGACUUCCAGUUUCUGGACAGUUUGUACAACGAAGUGAUGCUCAAGCACACAGGAAGUAAACCGGAAAUCGCCGAUCCGACUUUUAUCCAGCAAGCUCAGAAAGUCGCGGAGCACUAUGUGCUCAUUGUCGAGGGUAAGCAGAGGGAAGUUGUUGGCACCACCUAUUCUAAGCUCAAGGAGAUCAUCACGUCCAUAACUCAGUGUGGUUACUUUGACCAGGGCAAUGAAGUCGAAACACCAACAGUUACCGAGGAGAUAACGCAGCUGGUUGCUGAAGUUCAAAUAAGCAAUAUGAAUCCAUCAGAGCAAAUCAGUGUGGAAAGUGGAUUUAACAACAUUGAAAAAGAUUUUCCCGUGCAAUCCCAAUCGGAAAGUAUUAUCUCAGCUCCCAUUCAGCCUUGCAUCAUUCCUCCUACAAUGCCCAUAUCUGCAGUGGGAACUCCCUUCCCUGUCCCGACCAUUCCCCUGCCUGUCACUACCGACCCUAACUACAUGAGCAUGUUUCCUGGGCCUAUAACACCCCUACCUCAGCAGCAGCCGAAUCAAUUGUCGCAACAAAAUGUACCAGUCGCCGGGCUUCAGCAACUGCAGCCGUCAGUGUCACCGCAGCUAGAGUCUCGGCAAGACAUAAUUUCACAUCACCGAUCUUCGAUCUCGCCGCCCAAAAUUAACGACGUGAUCGGACCUUCGACUAACUUUUGCUUCUUGCAAGAUUCUGAGCUUGACCAUCCUGAAGUAUCUAAUACUACCACGGUUUCUCAGACACCUGCCGUAGUUUCUCACAUUCCUUCGGCCGCAACUGUCGUUGCAGCAGCCGUUAGUCUCAACGCCCCUAUUCCAACCCAGACGUACACCAAUCAAUCUUUUGCUGCUCCUCAUGUUGUCCCGACGCCAGUUAUGUAUCCAGCGCAAGAUCUUUCCCACUUGCCUAGUUUUGGCAAUACCAACCCUCCUCCUCCGAUCCCGAUGCCUCCGUCACAUCAAACCAGUAUGCAGUUCAGUCAGCAGAGCAUGGGCGGUUUCCCUCAGCAAACUCAAACAUUCGAACCAAUGAAGCAACAAGAAGCCAUUGGAACGCAAAAAGAAGAGCUACAUGAUACCUUGGAGCAAAUUGGCAACGAAAGUGGUCUUAGAGAUGGCGAUAUCGUCCAAAAUAAUAGUUCCACGAAUUGGGCAGAUUCAACGGAAACAACUGGGGAGUGGGGACAGGAGUCGUCUCAGCAGUCUGGUCAAGAUUUGCAGAAAUCCCAGUCUUGGGGCGAUCAGCCACGAAAUAACUUCCGAGGUCGUGGUCCAAGACGCGGAAACUCGAACGGUUACAGGGGUCGAGGAAACUACCAACAAAACGGUAGAAAUUCAUAUUAUCGCAGUAACAACGAUGGAAAUAACUAUCAAAACGGUUAUCAACCGCGCAAUAACUGGAACAGUAAUGGUGAUGGGAAUACCAGUGGUUACAGUAACACCAGUUUCAAGAGGUCGACGAGCAACCAGUCCCGGGGAGGUCCACCUCGAGGUGACAGGAACAACGUCGAUGCUAGACCGAAUCGUGUCGGUGGUGGAGGUAAUGGUGCCGGUGGUGGUCAAUUUCGCGGAUCCAAUCAACGAGGUUCCAAUCCGCGCACCAAUUAUGCACCUCGAGGAGGUAAACCUCAAACACAUAACUAAAGAUGCCAUUCACAAGCUUUGUAUGCUAUAUUAAGGAAAAACUAAGCGAACUCAUUAUUAUAUUCAAUCAAAUUUCUCUUAUGAUCCAAGUCUGUGAGAUUGGUGAUCAGCUGAGCUGACUUCAUAAUAUAGAUAAUGUUUAAGAAAUGUAAUAGUGUCAAGUUAUUUCGUAAAUACGAUUAAUGUGCGAGCAAUGCAUUUAAUACAAGUCAUUCAAUAUUAUGAUUUUUUUAAGGAUUUCGUUUAUUUUGAGGUUAUUCAAAGGAGUCUGGAUUGCAUCCAGUUAAUUUUUUUAAACUUCAUUGUACACUAUGAGAGCAAAAAUAAGUACAUAUCUCAUGGCUUGGAGAAUUUCACAAAUAAUGAUUGAAUAAGUAAUAUAGCUACUUGGAUUUGGUGUCUUACAAUGAAUUUUACGAGCUCAAUAAUGCUCGCAUAAAAGCGAAACGAAAAAAAAAAAAAGAAAAGAAAAAAGUGGAAAUACUAUUAAGAUCGGCCAAAUUCUCAUAGAAAUGUCAAUUUCCACCAGUUUAAGCAAGUAUUAAUUGUGUUGUGACAGAAGGCAGUUUUCACUGGGCAACAAAAGCUGAUCCGAGAUUAGAAAAUAAAAUGUAUAAAUUUAUUUAAAAACAAACCUUAAAAACUACGUGCAUUUCAAAUAAAUACGCUUCACAGUGUAUUUGAACAGAUAACAUUGAGAUCCGAGUUAGCGAGGCAAAGCUAAUCAAAACGCCGCUCGCCUGAAAGCGAUUGCACAUAAAAUGCACGCGCCGAUGAUUUUUAGAAUAUGUUAGGUAUAUUUUGUUAAGUGUUAAUUGUUCUCUGGCAUUGAGCGUCGCAGUUGGCUAUUGUGUGAUUAACUCGACUCUGGAAUAAAAAAAAAUUGUGAAAAAAAAAAAAAAUAGAAAAAUUAGGACAACACCUUUAUGACUCCAUAUUGCGAUGCAGUGUUCUAGUGAUUUUUUGUAAAAAUGUCAGAAAAAAGAUGAUCCAAGAGCAGUGCUUUUUCUCACCAUUUUUUUUUGUCUUGAUACGUAACUUUGAUUCUAUUGAAAAAGAAUAAAUAAAAAACUUAAUCUGUACUAUCAUUCAGAUUAAAAGAAAAAAAAAGAAAAAGAAAUAAACAUAUUGGAAUGAAUGAAGGUUGUAAAUUCUUUUCACAAUGAUUACCCUUUUUAUUUGCUCCCUUUCUACUUUUUUCUGUAACAUUCUUAUCGGUAAUUAUUGACGAAAAAAAUACUGUCGCGAUUAAUGGUCAAUUAGACUUUCCUUUCUUUUUCAAGCAACGACUGGCUGCGUUACGACUUACAUUUUACGUGAUCGUUGCUUCUUCUUACAGCAAAAAAUUUUAGAUUAUACUUUAAAUGGGAAAAAAAUUAGAGAAACGGGCAAAAAAAGUUAACUAAUAUAGUUUAAUAUUCUACUGUUGUAAAAUAUAGUUUUCGUGAAGCAAUUAUUUUCUGUCUAACAGAUGGUAAAAAUUGUGAUCAUUUUGAUAUUUUCGUUCAAUUAUGUUUAAUUAUCUACAACUACAACGUUGAGCGUGAUUUAUACAUACGUUUCCAAAAGAUUUUCACUGAAAUUGUUUAAAAGAAUUAAUUAUUUAACUUGUAUAUUGUUAUUCGAUGUUUCAUGGAUGAAAACUUGAUGAUUCAAUAUUAUAAUAAAUAUUUAUAUAUACGACUAAAAAAAUACCUAAAUAGUUUUUACAAUAUUUAUGUAAACUCAUAUCCGAGAUUCUGAAUAAACUUCAUUAAUUUUCGUUUUGCGUAUGCUCCAUUUUUGUAAUGUUAUUAUGAUAGUUGAUUUAUUUUCCCUCAAAUCACCUAUGAUUACAAAAAUAAAUUCUGCUUUAAGUUUUUGAA